GAAUGCGUCUCGUGUGGAAAACCAGCAGAUAUACCACUACUCUGAUGAGGAUGUUCGAAAAAGGAUCACCGAGGAGCAAGGAGGGCGCGUAAGAAUAUUGUUUCUCCCGAGUUGAGAACUUUUUCGGCGCUUGCCAGCUAGACGACAAGCGCAUUAAAAGUACUCGCUCCAAGAUGUCGGACACGGAGGUCGUUGAACCGAAAAAGGGUCGAGGCCGCCCUCCGAAUUCAGAAAAGAACAGCGUCGCUCCGAAGAAGCGAGCCCGCGCUGCUUCUCCAAAGGAUAAGGCCGACGAGAAAGAGAAGGAGAAGGAAAAGGCCGUGGUGUCCGACGACGAGCCUUCGCCAAAGCGCGGCCGUGGCAGACCGAAAGCUGCCGCCAAAAAGCCCGCCAAGGGCAAAAAGCCGGAAGCUAAAAAAGGUCGCGGCAGAGGCAAGAAAAAGCCGGAAUCAAGCGAUGAGGAAGAUGACGAUGAUGAGGAGGAAGACGAAGAGGAUGAGGAUGAGAACGAUAGCGAAGAUAAUGAGGAGAACGACGACGAAUCUGACUCAUAAACUAAUUGUCAACCUUUCUCCACCCUUAAGUAUAAUCAAUUCCAUUUGAAAACCAAAUCUCAAUGGUACUUUAAAUUAAGCCACCGUAAGUUCAGAGUACGAAUCUCGUAUCAACUAUAUUCAAAUAACUUAUCUUGAACAAAAUGAACUAAAAACUACACAACUUAUUACAGAAGAAGAGAUUGUAGAAGGAAUAUAAUGCAAAUAUUAUGCAGAUAAUACACACUUACAUAACAGAUCGGAAUAAAAAUGAUAACAAGAAAUAGAGACAAACAACACUCAGCACUUAACAAACUUUCAA